AUGAAUGUAAGUUUAGUUGCUGUGGAAGGAUGCUGUCACGGCGAACUUGAUAAAAUCUACCAAAGAAUCAAAAACUUUGAACUAGAAAAUAGUACUAAAGUUGAUAUUUUGUUUUGUUGCGGUGACUUUCAAGCAAUAAGGGAUGAAAGUGACCUGAAUGAACUAUCAUGUCCUCAGAAGUAUAGAGAAUAUCGCGAUUUUAGAGAUUAUUAUAGCGGAGUCAAGUUGGCUCCUUUAUUAACAGUGUUUAUCGGUGGUAAUCAUGAGGCACCAGAUUUUUUGAGAAAUUUAUAUUUCGGUGGAUGGGUUGCCCCGAAUAUAUAUUAUUUGGGGCAUUCAGGAGUAUUAAACUUCUGUGGGAUAAGAAUCGGAGGAAUCUCAGGCAUUUAUAACCAGAACGAUUAUACCAAAGGUAUUUUAUUGUUAAAACAGUUGUUUAAAGGCUACUUUGAGUCAAAGCCUUACAACGAGCAGACCAAAAGAUCCUCAUAUCAUAUGAGGGAAUUUGAUGUCAAGAAAUUAAGCUUAAUAAAAGGUAAAGUCGAUGUUUUUCUAUCUCACGAUUGGCCUGCCGGUAUCGAGAACUUUGGCAACUUGGACCAGCUGCUGAAAAUAAAGCCAUUCUUUUACGAAGAUAUAAAGAAUAAUACUCUGGGAAACCCAAAAACUAUGGAACUAAUGGGGAAACUGAAACCAACUCUGUGGUUCUCAGCUCACUUACAUGUGAAGUAUGAGGCCGAAUAUAAGCACGAGGAUGGAAGUACUACUCAAUUUUUGGCACUGGAUAAGGUGCUUCCAUAUAGAGAGUUUUUAAGAAUUAUUCAACUUGACCCUGAUAACUCGUCAAAUAAGAGGAAGUUUGAAUCACCAGACCCCGUCGAGGUUACCCCAAAGCUUUGUUACGACAGGGAGUGGUGUGCAAUUCUAGUGGCAAAUAGAGAUAAGAUGCCUCUGAACCAGUUUUCUUCUGUCAAUCCAAUCACUCUGAAUGAGCCUGUGGAAAAGGAUUUUGAAUUUGUGGAUCAGAGGUUCAAUGAGUCUGGUUACGAGAGUUUAACUCUGGAUGGAAAUACAUUCUUCGUAAUACCUUUCAAAGAUGACGAUCAUAAAGAGCCUGAAUCUCAAAGGGAGGCUUUUAUGAGUCUUUUGGACCUCCCUACCAAUAACUACUUUAGGCCUGGCACCCAGGAUAAAAUGACUGUUAAUUUUGUUGAAUAA